CAUCAGGUCAUUUGGCUUGACAGCGGGCACCGCGUCAUCUGGCAAGGCAGUGGGCUCCGAGUCAACAGGCACGACAGUGAGCACCGGGUCAUCAGGUACCGGAUUGUCUGGCUCGACAGCGGGCACCGCAUCAUCUGGCAAGGCAGUGGGCUCCGAGUCAACUGGUAUGACCGCGGGCACUGGGUCAGACAUUGGAUCGUCUGGCUGGACAGCGGGCACUGGGUCACCAGGCAUCAGGUCAUUUGGCUUGACAGCGGGCACCGCGUCAUCUGGCAAGGCAGUGGGCUCCGAGUCAACAGGCACGACAGUGAGCACCGGGUCAUCAGGUACCGGAUUGUCUGGCUCGACAGCGGGCAUCGGGUCACCAGGCAUCAGGUCAUUUGGCUCGACAGCGGGCACCGGAUCAGGUACCGGAUCAUCUGGAUCAACAGCGGGCAUCGAGUCAACUGGCCUAAUAGGAUCGUCAGGCUGGAUCAGUUCAUCAUGCUGGGUAGAGGCAUCAGGACGAGUAGAGGCAUCAGGCCGAGUAGAGGCUUCAGGCCGAGUAGAGGCUUC